AUGACGAGCGUGUGGGCGUGCGGCGCCGGGGGCGUGCUGGGGCUGGCGCCGCGUCUCGCCGCCGCCCACCAGAUGGGGGACGAGUCGUCCCCGGAAGUGACGUCGUCGGGGUUGGCGGCGCACGCCGGGGGCGGCGGCGGCGGGUCGGCGUCGUCGUCGACGUCGUCCGCGUCGGGCGGGGGCGGCGGGGCCGCCGGCGGCUCGGGCCCCGGGUCGAGCCUCGUCGGCGUCAUCAGCCCCGCGCACUCGCUCGGCUCGUCCGACAUCGGCGAGGUGGACCUGGACUUGUUUGACCUGGACAUCAACUCGCAGUACCAGGGCAUGAGGCUGCCCGCCGGCGCGUCGCUCGUGGGGCGGCAGGGCCCGUGCUCAGACACCAGCGGAUCCAUCUCAGGUACCCUCGCCGCUUCACUACUCUUCACUUCUCUCCGCCCGCGCGACGGGAAAUUUGUCUUGAGCUUGUGCUCGGCGGGGAGAUCGAGCUUGCUGAGUGCUUGCGACGGCUGCAGUGCUGGUCGUAUCGGUCUUGUGAGGGACGGAUGUGGUUGGGUAGUCGGAUAA